AAAGAAGAAAAAAACAUUCAUGUGUACUGUCAUGAUACUAUUUCGUUAGAUACUACAGUGAUAAUUAAGAUGCAUUAUAUUAUAUUAUCUUUCACGCAAAAUUGAGACAAGGUGGCUCCCAUCUCUCUCUAAACAAUCAGCCAUGGCUUCUUUCCAUCAUCGAAAUCUCAUAUUUGAAUCUCUUGAUAGUUCCACCGACAAAACUUGUAGCAGCUAUUACUGCAACCCAAAGGAGUAUUAUUCUGCAGGUUGUCCACUGUCAUGUUUUACUAUUUGCCCCAGCAUUUGUCUGCUUUCAGAAAUCCAACCGCCGACACCACCACCACCACCACCAAGUUUCUCCACCGAAGUUCCUCCACAAAAACCAACUAUUUCCAUCUUCUUGAUCAUUUUAGUUUCAGUCUUAGCUACCGCUAUCAUCAUAUUUUGUGGCUUCGUCGUUUACAGAUUCGGCAACUUAAGAACUCCUUCACAACCGCAACAGCAAACAGCAGUAAUAGCAGAAGAAGAAGAAGAAGAAGAGUCUAUUGGUGUUAGAACAGUGGGUCUUCAGCCAUCAGUUGUUAGUGCUAUCAAGAUUUGCAAGUAUAAAAGAGGGGAAGAACUAAUUGAAGGAACAGAGUGCUCUGUUUGCUUGAAUGAGUUUCAAGACGAUGAAACUCUUAGGGUUUUGCCAAAGUGCAACCAUACUUAUCACAUACUUUGUAUUGACACUUGGCUUAGAUCUCACACCAAUUGUCCCAUGUGCCGUACCGGCAUUGUCCUUGAACAGAAUUUAGGGUUGAGACAUGAAGGAGAAACUCGUCCGGGAAUUUCAGGAAAUGCCACGGAUUAAGGAUUGACAUUCAGUAUGAAGGCAGAUCAGGGGAUCUAAUUAAGUAGUAAGGACAUCAGUGGAAAUGCCAAGCAAGAUGUAGUGAAUGGUUCUGGAGGGUAGCUAAAUGAGGUUCAUGACUUAACAAGUUCAGCUUCUUUGGAAUCUUUAUCUACUACUUCAAUGAGUUGUGCUUCUGCCUGCAAAUUCUUUAAGGAGAACAUCCGCUGAUGAAAAUUUGGGUGAGGAAUCAAUUGAAGUAAAUGAAUCAAAGAUGGGUUACGUUCUUUAUCAAAAGAGUUUUUGUUUGUGAUUAUGAGAGCAAAUUAGGGGAAGUCUUUCUUGGAAAGAAUAAUAAUGCAUUAAGAGGUCUGUUUCUCGCAGUACAAAUGUGUAAACAUCACUCAUCGAUUUCAAGUAAACUAGUUUCGGAAACUUAUAGAUUCUCCUAACGGAACCAGAGAAUUGGU